AUGGAUGCUCGUCAGGUGUUGCAGAGCACCCUCGCGCCAGAUGCGGCCGAGCGUACCAAUGCCGAACAACAACUCGCCCACGCGGCGGAGGUCGACUUCGCCGUCUACCUGAUCACCCUCGGUCAGGAGCUGGCCAACGAGAGUAGCCCAGCUCACAUUCGUGUCGCUGCCGGUAUUGCCCUGAAGAACGCCUUCACUUUCCGGGACCAGGCCAAGCUGCGCGAGGUGCAGCUCCGCUGGGUCCAGCAGAUCAACCCCGAAACCAAGACACAGGUUAAGGAGCUCGCCCUCAAGACUCUUCACUCCCCCGACGCCCGCGCUGGAAAUGCCGCCGCCACACUAAUCGUUUCGAUUGCCGCCAUCGAGUUGCCCCGGAAUGAGUGGACGGAGUUGAUGAACAUCCUUGUCCAGAACGUGGCGAGCGGAAACGACGCCCUUAAGCAGUCUUCUUUGACUGCCAUCGGUUACAUUUGCGAGUCCCAAGAUCACGAUCUCCGCGCGAGUCUCACAGCACACUCCAAUGCCAUCCUCACUGCCGUCGUUCAGGGUGCUCGGCGCGAGGAGCCCAACAUGGAUGUCCGUUACGCCGCUAUUGCUGCCCUCAGUGAUGCUGUUGACUUUGUGCGGACCAACAUGGACAACGAGGGAGAGCGCAACUACAUUAUGCAGGUUGUGUGCGAGGCCACCCAGGCCGAUGAGGUCCGUGUCCAGGCUGGUGCCUUUGGCUGCUUGAACCGUAUUAUGGGUUCCUACUACGAGAAGAUGCGCUUCUACAUGGAGAAAGCUCUGUUCGGCCUGAGCAUCAUGGGCAUGAAGAGCGAGGAGGAGGAAGUCUCCAAGCUUGCUAUUGAGUUCUGGUGCACUGUCUGCGAGGAGGAGAUUGCCAUUGAAGAUGACAACGCUGAGGCCCAGCAAGAGGGUGUUGAGGCUCGUCCAUUCUUCGGAUUUGCUCGCGUGGCCACCCGCGAGGUUGUUCCCGUUCUGCUUCAGGCUAUGUGCCGACAGGAUGAGGACGCCGGUGAUGACGAGUACAACGUGUCUCGUGCCGCUUACCAGGCUCUCCAGCUCUACGCCCAGUGUGUCCAGGGCGAUGUCAUUCAGCCCGUCGUGACCUUUGUCGAAGAGAACAUCCGCAACGAGGACUGGCACCGUCGUGAUGCCGCCGUCGCCGCUUUCGGUGCCAUCAUGGAGGGCCCCGAGCCCAGCGUCCUUGAGCCUCUGAUCAAGCAGGCUCUGUCUGUCCUACUUGGUAUGAUGCAGGAUGACUCCAUCUCCGUCCGCGACUCCACUGCUUACGCCCUGGGUCGUGUAUGCGACUGCUGCCCCGAGGUCCUGGACCCCGAGGUUCACCUCCAGCCCCUUAUCUCUUGCCUUUUCAACGGGCUUGCCAACUCCCCCAAGAUCGCCAGCUCUUGCUGCUGGGCUCUUAUGAACGUCGCAGACCGCUUUGCCGGUGACGCUGGCUCGCAGACUAACCCUCUGUCGAAGCACUUUGAGGACAGUGUGAAGUCCCUACUCACAGUCACCGAGCGCCAGGACGCUGACAACCAGCUCCGUACUGCUGGAUACGAGGUUCUCAACUCCUUUGUUCUCAAUUCCGCCAACGACAGCCUGCCCAUGGUUGCCACUCUUUCAGAUGUCAUUAUCCAGCGUCUUGAGCACACUAUCCCCAUGCAGCAGCAGGUUGUCAGCACCGAGGACCGCAUCCUUCUCGAGGAGAUGCAGACUAGCUUGAUCAGUGUUAUUCUGGCCAUCGUCCAGCGCUUCGAGGUUGAGAUCAAGCCCCAGGCCGACCGCAUCAUGAGCAUUCUGCUCCAGGUUCUCCAGACCCUUGGUCCCAAGUCAAGUGUCCCCGAUGUUGUCUUCGCUACCGUUGGUGCUAUUGCCAGCGCUCUUGAGGAUGACUUCAUCAAAUACAUGGACUCUUUCAGCCCCUUCCUGUACAACGCCCUCGGCAACCAGGAGGAGCCUGGACUCUGCGCCAUGGCCAUCGGCCUGGUCAGUGACAUUGUCCGUGCUUUGAACGACAAGGUCCAGCCUUACUGCGACUCCUUCAUGAACCUGCUCCUCAAAACCCUCCAGACUUCGACCAACCAGCUGAAACCUGCUAUCCUUGAGACCUUCGGUGACAUCGCCCAGGCUAUCGGAACCAAGUUCGACACCUACCUGGCUGUCGUUGGUCAGGUUCUCCAGCAGGCCUCCAGCGUCACCACUAGCUCUGACCUCCCCUACGACAUGGUGGAGUACAUUGUCUCCCUCCGUGAGGGUAUCAUGGAUGCUUGGGGUGGUAUUCUCCUGUCCUACAAGGGCACCCCCUCCAUCACUCAGCUGCAGCCCUUCAUUGAGUCCAUUUUCCAGCUGCUUCACAUCAUCUCCACCGAGAGCAACCGUAGUGAGGGUCUGAUGCGCUCUGCCAUGGGUGUUAUUGGUGAUCUUGCUGAUGCUUUCCCCAACGGUGAGCUUGCUGCCUACUUCCGCAACGAGUGGGUUACCGACCUUGUUCGCGAGACUCGCACGACCAGAGCUUACAGUGAGCGGACUAUCGAGACCGCCCGCUGGACUCGCGAGCAGGUCAAGCGCCAGGUUAACAUGAGCACUGGCAUGGCCUAA